GGAUGGCAGUGAGAGCUGAAACAGCUCAGCUGACAGAUGGGCUUGAACGCUCACUCUUGAAUCUAGAGGUACCAAUAAGGACCAAGGCAGACAGUGGUUCUUGUUCUGUUUUUUUUUGUUUUUUUUUAUUGACUGGUGAUUGGAUUGGCACCAUACCUGCAUCUUUUAUACAUCAUCCUCAAUGGACCGUAGUGUGUACGGCGAGGGCGACACGUCGCCUUAUGGUGUGAAUUACAACCCCUUCCGCUUGACCAAGAAGGACACCCCGGCUCCUGGAUUUUUCAUUCGGAUGUCAAAAGUGUUGAACAGUUGGUGCAGCUGCCCCACGAAAGGAAGGAAUAGUGUCUCGUCUGUCGGCAUGGAAACACUCAUCCAAUUGCACGCAAACACAACAGAUGCCUUGUUGGCCGAUUUGCAGACGACGCUGCACGCCAACGGUGCCAAUCUGAACGACGGCAACGAGACGUGGGCCAACGAUGGCCAGCACCACGUCACGUCACAGAGCUACCAGUACCAACACGGCGAAAUCGAUCAGCAGGUAACGUAUGCGAAUCACGCCGAAGUUGUGGCCAGCCACAACCAUAAUCCGCCGCCGCAGCGCAAUAUGCGUGAGCUGGACACGUUAUUGGAUGAUUUGAACCGCUCGCGUUUGUCGGCCGGCGUUUCGAGCGGCUCGGUGGGACGUAAUAGCAGUGCCAGCAACAGUAACGAUGGCCGUCCAUCUGUCGAUGCCCUACUCAACGAGCUCUCCAACGCCGUUCACAAUUCGGCCAAUUAUAUCAAAAGUGACGGAUCGCACAAGGGAAGUACCGGAGCCGCUUCAUCGGCCACUGAAGAACUCGACGUGCUUAUGGCUUCUCUUUCCACUUUUAAGAAGGGCGGAGCGGCCAGUUCUCCGGAGCCAAUCGAGACGGCGUCGUUUUCGAAGAUCGGCGACGCCACCUACGCCAAACCCAACAAAGUCCAGCGAGCCAACCCCAAGGAUCAGUUGGAUUCGAUGCUCGGCAACCUACAGGCUGACAUGAACAAACAAGGUAUCUCCGCCACUACUAAAGGAUGUUGCACCGCCUGCGAGAAGCCCAUCGUCGGCCAGGUGGUGACGGCCCUGGGACGGACGUGGCAUCCGGAGCACUUUGUCUGCUCGCACUGUCGUCAAGAGUUGGGCACGCAAAACUUUUUCGAGCGCGACGGCCAGCCUUAUUGUGAACCCGAUUAUCAUCACCUCUUCUCGCCUCGUUGCGCUUAUUGCAACGGACCUAUUCUCGAUAAAUGCGUGACUGCGUUGGAUCAGACGUGGCAUCCGGAUCACUUUUUCUGCACCCAAUGCGGCUGCCAAUUCGGCGAGGAUGGCUUCCAGGAGAAGGAUGGAAAGCCCUACUGUAAAGAGGACUACCUUUCCAUGUUUGCUCUCAAGUGCAAAGGUUGCAAUUCGGCCAUCACCGAGGGUUACAUUUCGGCCCUCAACGGACAGUGGCAUCCCAAUUGUUUCGUCUGCAGGGACUGCAAUAUGCUGUUCCAGGGCGGGUCGUUCUUCGUUCACGAGGGUAUGCCCUACUGUGAGAUCCAUUACCAUGCCAAGAGAGGUUCACUCUGCGCCGGAUGCCACAAGCCGAUUACUGGUCGUUGCAUCACUGCGAUGUUCAAAAAGUUCCACCCGGAACACUUUGUCUGCUCUUAUUGCCUGAAACAGCUGAAGAAGGGCACCUUUAAAGAGCAAGGAGACAAGCCUUACUGCCACGGAUGUUUCGAACGCCUUUUCGGAUGAAGAUGAUGAUGGAAGAAAACAUUUUGUUUUAAUGAUCCAUUGCAAAAUGGAAUGAAUCCUUUUCGUUCAUUAUUAUUAUUAUUUUUUUUUAUCUUCUUGAUGAGGAGAGGAGGAGUUAAAAACAUAAAGAAGACGACCGACACACGAUUGCCAAUAACACAAAAUGAUAACACCGUCGAAUUGAAUCCGCUCCUUCCUAUAAAAAGAGAAAGAAAAAGGAAAAGACGCAUCCAAACAGACACGCAGAAAAAUGAUUUUCUAUACUUAAUUAUUAUUUUUCAAACGAUAUUUCUAUUUUUCUUUUUCGUUCGAUAUCCCAAAAUGAAUUGGGUGAAUUGAAUUUCUAAAAUUCCUUUUCCGCACAAAAAAAAAAACAAACAAAACAAAACGAAAAAAAUCUUGUCUCUUCCUAUCUGUCGCUCGAUUGUUUCUUUAGUUGUUAUUGUACACCAUGUGAAGGUGGAGGGGAAAUGAAUUAUAAAAGCUGCCCCUCCCCCUAACGCUUGAUUCACCGCCAAGACGCAUAAUUUUACACGUUUCUAAAAGUCAAUGGAGAAAAUGUUACGAUCGGAGGAUUUAAAAGAAAAAAAAUCAAUGCACAAAAUAUCGAACGAAAAUGCAAACAGCGGCUGAAAGUGCGAAAUAAGAUAUUUUAUGUUAGGAUCAAGAAAUUAUAGUUAAAAGCUCUAAAAUUGUUUCAUGUGUGUUUGUUUUUUUAACCUCCUCCUCUCCGUAAAACAAAUUCUUUAACUGCUGUAUUAAUUCUAAUAUUUUUUGGUUUAAUUGGUUCGUGAGUCUUCUUUCCUUUUUGUGUUGUUGGUCCGUCGUCCAAAAAUGGAGGGGAAAAAAAAACAAAAAACAAUUUUGUGUACGUGUGUGUGUGUGUAUAAACAAAAAAAAAAUUGAA